UUACUCUGUUACCUCGUUACCCUGUUACGUUGUUACCUUGUUACUCUGUUACCUUGUUACCUUGUUACUCUGUUACCUUGUUACCCUGUUACGUUGUUACUUUGUUACGUUGUUACCUUGUUACCUGUUACCUUGUCACCCGUUGUUACGUUGUUACGUUGUUACUCUGUUACCUUGUUACUCUGUUACCUUGUUACCCUGUUACGUUGUUACCCUUGUUACCUGUUACCUUGUUACCUUGUUACCUUGUUACCCUUGUUACCUUGUUUCCUUGUUACCUUGUUACUCUGUUACCUUGUUACUCUGUUUCCUUGUUACCCUGUUACCUUGUUACCUUGUUUCUGUUACCUUGUUACCUUGAUACUAUGUAACCUUGUUACCUUGUUACUCUGUUACCUUGUUACUCUGUAACCUUGUUACCCUGUUACCUUGUUACCCUUGUUACUCUGUUACCUUGUUACCCUUGUUACUCUGUUUACCCUUGUUACUCUGUUUCCUUGUUACCUUGUUACCUUGUUACUCUGUUUCCUUGUUACCUUGUUACCUUGUUACCUUGUUACUCUGUUUCCUUGUUACCUUGUUACUCUGUUUCCUUGUUACCCAGUUACGUUGUUACUUUGUUACUCUGUUACCUUGUUACUAUGUUACCUUGUUACCUUGUUUCUCUGUUACCUUGUUACCUUGUUACUAUGUUACCUUGUUACCAUGUUACUAUGUUACCUUGUUACCCUGUUACGUUGUUACCUUGUUACUCUGUUACCUUGUUACCUUGAUACUAUGUUACCUUGUUACCUUGUUAGUCUUUUACCGUGUUACCUUCUUACUCUGUUACCUUGUUACCUUGUUACUCUGUUUCCUUGUUACCUGUUCCCCUGUUACCUUGUUACGCUGUUACCUUGUUAGUCUUUUACUGUGUUACCUUCUUACUCUGUUACCUUGUUACCUUGUUACUCUGUUCCUUGUUACUCUGUUACCUUGUUACUCUGUUACCUGUUACCCUGUUACCUUGUUACUUUGUUACCGUGUUACCUUGUUACUCUGUUUCCUUGU